GUUUGAGUGAGGCACGGCAGUCGCCAUCUUGGCAGUGAGACAGCAGCUGCAUCAGGUCCGGGAGGAGAUGCCGCAUUUGUACGAGUCCAUGAGCAGUAUGGAGGGAUACCAGCAAGCAGGGCCCACACAGUACCGCUUCUCACCCUACACCUUUAAUGGAGGAACUGUGUUGGCCUUAGCUGGUGAGGACUUUUCCAUUGUUGCUUCAGAUACACGACUGAGUGAGGGUUACUCCAUUCACAGCCGGGACUCUCCAAAAUGCUACAAACUGACUGACCAAACAGUGAUUGGAUGCACUGGAUUCCAUGGGGAUUGUCUUACGCUAACAAAAAUUAUUGAUGCAAGAUUAAAGAUGUACAAACAUUCGAACAAUAAGACAAUGACAAGUGGGGCGAUAGCAGCAAUGCUGUCUACAAUUCUGUACUCAAGACGGUUUUUCCCUUACUAUGUUUACAAUAUCAUUGGUGGCCUUGAUGAGGAAGGGAAGGGUGCAGUGUAUAGUUUUGACCCUGUAGGAUCCUAUCAGAGAGAUGCUUACAAAGCUGGUGGAUCGGCCAGUGCUAUGCUUCAACCGCUUCUGGACAACCAGAUUGGGUUCAAGAACAUGGAGAAUGUGGAACCCAUCCCCCUGUCACUGGAGAAAGCACUGCAGCUGGUAAAAGAUGUUUUCAUCUCUGCGGCUGAGAGAGAUGUUUAUACCGGUGAUGCUCUGAAGAUUUGCAUCAUUACAAAAGAUGGAAUCAAAGAGGAAACAUUGCCUCUGCGGAAAGAUUAAGGCGCAAAACCCUUUCCAUUCAGAACAAUCUUUGACUUAAAGUAGUUACUUUUCCUUUCAUGCUAGUAAUGAACCUAAUGGAAAAUGUUUUUUGUAUGUUUUAUUGUAAGAUACUGAACUAAACUUUCACCAAUAAAUUAAA